UGCUCAUUCCCUGCUCUCCUGCUCCUGGCAGAGUGUCAUUGUUUUCCAAGAACCCCAUUCUCACUGGAGUGGUCGGAGCAACAGAUCAGGAAAGCCGCCAGCCUGGAAGAGCUACUUCAGAUUACGCAUUCUGAGGAGUGGAAGCUGUGGAAGUGCCGCCUAAAACUCAAGAGUCUAGCCUCCUUGGAUUCCAGAUCUGCCUCACAUCGCUCCACAAGAUUUGCAGCUGCUUCCUAUGAUACUGAAAUGCUCAAAAUUAUAGAUGAGGAGUGGCAAAGGACACAGUGUGUGCCAAGGGAGACCUGUGUAGAGGUUGCCAAAGAGCUGGGUUCCAGCACCAAGACAUUCUUCAAGCCACCUUGCGUGAAUGUGUACAGGUGUGGAGGCUGCUGCAACGAAGAGAGCCUGAGCUGCGUGAACACAAGCACGUCGUACGUUUCCAAAAUGCUCUUUGAAAUUUCACUACCUUUAAUGAAUGUGCCAGAUCCAAUUCAGGUCAAAAUUGCAAACCACACAGACUGUAAGUGUUUAACAAAUGUUCAACGCCAAUCAUAUACUGUCAUCCGAAGAUCUAUCCAGUAUCCAGAUGAGGACCGUUGUCCCCAUAUAAACAAGCUGUGUGAUGAUGGCUGGGUCUGGAACAGCAGCAUCUGUGGAUGUGUUGUAAGCAAAGAUCAUCCUGGCAGAAGGAAAGAAUAUGUGUCUCCUGUGCCAGAACUCCCUCCACUUGCUGAGCUUGCGAUGUGUGCACCAAAUAUGGACUUUGACGAAGAAAACUGCGAGUGUGUCUGUAAAUGGAACUGCACUGGCAAUUUAUUCCAGAACAAAGAGAACUGCAGUUGUUACUUGUGUACAGAGAACCAGGAGAGCUGUUUCCAAAAACGUAGGACAUUUAAUGCGGAAACAUGCCGCUGUGAAGACAAAUGCCCAUUCCAGGGUAGAAUACGCCCGACUGCUCGACCAAUGUGUUCAAGGCACUGCCGCUGUCUGAGAGGGGGAAGAGGCCCUUAUGGUUUCCAAAGUAGAGAAGCCCCUUAAUCAAGCUUUUACCUCCUGUAUCAAUCACCACACUGCUUUGCAAAGUAGCUCUCUCACUGGCUAUUAAUCUAUAAUAAUCACAGACGUAUGUGACGGGUAUUAAUAUAAAACCAGUCUCCAUUCUUUAAUAGGACAAGUGGAUCUGCUAGGCCAUUGCCACCUUGUCUCAGAUGUCUGCUACAACAACAACAACUUCUGAAAAAGGAUGUGAAAAAGACAAAUCCACCGCUGUGAUUGUAUGGAAAGGAACUGGCAUGGUUGAAAUGGGGACAAUCAUUGCUCUGCAGCUUGGAAAUGCAGAAACAUAUUCUAUGCUCUCAACCCACAGAUAUUAUUGAGCAUAUUUCUUUCAAGCAAUAUUUUCAGACCUUCCAAUGUCCUGUUCCCCAGUAUAUUUAACACUGAAUGAGUUGAUCUAUCAUCCAUCUUUGUUUUAUUUUUGGAUUUAUAGUAGAACUACUGUCCGAUGUAACAUAUUUAAAAUGUAUAUAGGACAAUAAAAGCAUCAGUUACUAAUAAA